GGUGCUUUUGACCCAAGUGAAUUUUUUAAUGGCAUUCGCCAACUCUACAGCACUCGUGAAAGAUGGCUUACACCCUUUCCAUGGUGGGAGAUAUUUCGAUUAAGGCUUGAUAACAUCUUUACCAAACUCAAAAUAGUGAGCAGGAAGAAGGAAAGGGGAACAAAGACUGAUGAAAUUGUUGCUAUGAAUGAUAUCUUCAAACCCCACGAAGAAUGCGCUCAUCCUAGGACGGUGUUAAUUGAGGGGAGGCCAGGUAUUGGAAAGACAACAUUCUGUAAUAAACUUGCUUACGAUUGGGCAGCGAACAAACAAGGCUUGGAAAAUCCUUCAGGAGGUUUUUUCCCAAACUUCCAAGGAGUUUUAUUGCUUAAAUGCCGAGAAAUAGAGUCUCACCUUUUAAAGGCCACUGAAGCACGACUUCUCCCUCGAUCUGAAAAAGAGAAAGCGAGCGAAUUAUUCAAAUCUGUCCUUUGGGACGCCAUCGAUGACCAGCUCCUGCCACGAGAUGGCACAAAAGAAGAUAAAGAGGAAUUCUUCAAAUUCAUUCCCCAUCAGUCGGACAUUUUACUGAUUCUUGACGGAUUGGAUGAGUUACCUACCAAUUUGUUAACAACGUUUAAGGAAAUAAUUCAAGGGAGAAUGCUACCAAAAUGUCACAUUGUAGCUACAGCACGACAGGAGGUUGGAAUAAAGGUGCGAGAAUGCUGCAAUACCUUGCUAGAUAUGGAAGGUUUCACUGAAGAAGACGCCCGACAAUUCAUUUACAGGUACUUUAAAGAGGACGUGAAUUUGGCCGAGAAGCUUUUAAACAAACAGGAGCAUGAUAGAAGUCUCCGACAGCUCACAGAAAGUCCUUUAAACACUGUACUUCUUUGUCUCCUUUGUGAGGACUCUGAUGGUAUUUUUGCAGAAAGUGGUACACAGCUGUAUCUAGAAAUGGUAGAGUGUGUUCUUAGAAGAUACAGAAAAAAGAAGGGAUUACCAUUACCAAAAACCAAUGACGAAGAACUCACUAAAGUAUACAAGACUCAACUAAGACAGCUUGGCUCCAUCGCGUGGAACGGUCUGCUUCGCAAUGUCAUGUCCUUCGAGGAAGGCCAGUUUCAAAAUUGUUCACACGAAAUACCUGAAUUUGGCUUUCUGUCCGUUGAAUGUGGCCGGAAAAAACUGAGACCAUCUCUGAACUACUGCUUUUUCCAUAAAACAUUCCAGGAACUGUUUGCGGCAUUUUACCUCUGUUGCCUGGUUAUAGAUAAAGAAAUUUGUCCAGAAACCUUAAUUACUGACAAGAGAUAUUUCAGUGAGCUCAAACAGGUGCUUUUGUUCACAUGCGGCUUGCUAGCCUUGCAAUCUGAAGAAUUGUUAAAGACUUUAGUCACGAGCAUUGCUUAUCAAGUAAACAAUGAAGAUACGUUCUUAGUCGCAUUGGAAUGCAUUCGCGAGUGUAAAAACGAGAAGGGAGGUACUAGUCAUGGACUAUUAGCUCCAACCCUUGGCUCACAUCUUCAAAUAACGCAGUUGAAUUUGUCUGGAAAAGGCCUUGGUACUGGUGACUGUACUGCACUAGCGGAAGCAAUCAAACACAAUUCGACAAUAACACAGUUGGAUUUGUCAGGGAACGAAAUUGGCACUGGUGACUGUACUGCACUAGCGGAAGCAAUCAAACACAAUUCGACAAUAACACAGUUGGAUUUGUCAGGGAACGAAAUUGGCACUGGUGACUGUACUGCACUGGCGGAAGCAAUCAAACACAAUUCGACAAUAACACAGUUGGAUUUGUCAGGGAACGAAAUUGGCACUGGUGACUGUACUGCACUGGCGGAAGCAAUCAAACACAAUUCAACAAUAACACAGUUGAAUUUGACAGACAAUGAACUUGGCACUGGUGACUGUACUGCACUGGCGGAAGCAAUCAAACACAAUUCAACAAUAACACAGUUGGAUUUGUCACGGAAUAGACUUGCUACUGGUGACUGUACUGCACUGGCGGAAGCAAUCAAACACAAUUCAACAAUAACACAGUUGAAUUUGUCACGCAAUCGCCUUGGUGAAGGUGGCUUUACUGUACUGGCGGAAGCAGUCAAACAUAAUUUGACAAUAACACAGUUGGAUUUGUCAAAGAAUGACAUUGGUACUGGUGACUACACUGCACUGGCAGAAGCAAUCAAACAUAAUUCGACAAUAACACAGUUGAAUUUGUCAGAGAAUGACAUUGGUACUGGUGACUGCAUUGCACUGGCGGAAGCAAUCACACACAAUUCAACAAUAACACAGUUGGAUUUGUCUCUAAACAGCCUAGGUAAUGGAAGGUGUGCUGCUUUUGCGGAAGCGAUCGAACACAAUUCAACAAUAACAAAGCUUGAUUUAAUAGGCAAUAAGCUUGAUGCUGGCGACUGUAGUGCACUCGCGGAAGGAAUCAAACACAACGCUACUAUAACACAGUUAAAUUUGGCAUGGAACAGACUUGGUACUGGUGACUGUAUUGCACUGGCGGAAGCAAUCAAACACAAUUCAACAAUAACAUUUCUGGAUUUGUCAGCCAAUGAUCUUGAUGGCAGUGACUGUACUGCACUGGCGGAAGCAAUCAAAGACAAUUCAACAAUAACACAGUUGAAUUUGUGCAAGAAUUAUCGUGGUGUUAGUGACUGUAAUGCACUGGAAGCAAUCAAACAUGAUUCAAGAAUAACACAUCGUGAUUUGUCAAACGAUAACCCUAACUUUUUAUCACUGGAUUCACUGCUGAAGGUACUGUCGGUUUUAGCAACUAAAGUAAGCUUUAAAAAGUUAAUUCCAACA